CCGCAUGCGAAUCCCUAUGUAAAGUUGAUGGCCAAACAAAUGUUAUUUUUGUUUAUUUAUUUAAUAGUGUACCGUAUUGAUUAUUUUUUAUUGCCUAAGACAGUUUAACUCAUCAAGUCUCGUCUCGUCCGUUCAACAAGGUUAGCUUUAGGAUAACAUUGAUAAAUCUCUUUUUCUUUAAUUGAGAUGGAAGGCCAGAAUAUGUCAAAUGUCAGUCAAGCCUCCCGAGAUGGCAAAAGAAAAAUCAGCUUGUCGAGUGUUGAAAGUAGUCGAAGUUGCAGAUCUCCGUUUACAGGUUUGGAUACAGAAGAUAAUGUAAAUGAAACUCCGAAACGUCAGAAGGUCGACAAUUCGUGCGAUGGGCUUUCUGUUGCCAGUGAUGUGGACUCCAUACCGUGCAGUCCUUGGGAGAUCAGACGAAUGAAAGGAGAAGUUAUUGCAUUGAAAACUAAAGUGUCUCACCUAGAGGACACUAUUGAGCAUUUGCACAAAGUCCGUCGUGAAGUGGAAGAGGUUUGCCACAAAGAAAAGCGGCUGCUAGAAAUAGAAAUUGCGAGGGAUAAGGACACGAUAAAGCAGUUGGAGCUGAGGCUCGACUUCAGCAGAAAGUCGGCUCAGGAAGCCAAAGUCGCACAUGCACAUGCUGAAAAAAAUUUAUCUGAGAUGAAAAUGAAAAUGGAAAAAAAAAUAUUGACACUGAUAGAGGAUAAUUCAAAACUUUCAGAAGAACUCAAAAAAUGUGCAAAUAAUGAUGUCAAACCUGAUUUCAAUGUUUUAAGAACAGAAAAUAAGACUUUGGCUCUGGAGGAGCAACUAAAAGCCACUCAGCAGAGAGUUUCUGAACUCGAAGUGAAGCUCAGGGAAGCUGGUAAGAAUUUACAAACAAUCGAAGUGCAGAAUGCCGAAAUACAAGCUUUGAAAGUAAAAGUUGAGACUCUGGAGUCCGAAAAAACCAUCUUUGAAGAGAGUAAAAAAUUCAUAAACAGAGCAGCCAGAGCAUCUGAACUUGAGAAGGAGCUUCAGUACGCAAAAGAAAUCAUACGAUCACUGAACGAAUCUGUCAAAGGAAAGCUGCUUUUAGAAGAACAAAUGGCAACGAUAGAGCAUAGACUGCAGCGCACUGAGAAUCUUGAAAGACAAAUAACCCAAUUGGAAGUCACGCGAGGUGAACUUCUUGCGAAAAUUUCUGAUUACGAAGCUAUUGGAAUUUCGGGAGGACCAACUGCAGUCAAACGAGAAAUUAACCGGUUGCAGUUAGCCGAACUCACUUUAACCGCUGAAGAAGGCCAAUUGAGGUCAAAAGUAGAUUCCCUCAAAAGAGAAUUGCAAGACGCCCAGAGAAAGAUUGAAGAAACAAAAAAACAACUCGCAGAAACAGUCAGCUCUAAUGAAAGACUGUCAAGAUUCAUCAGCAGGCUCCAGAAAAAAACGUCACUAGUAACCAGAGAAAGAGACAGCUAUAGGCAGCAGCUGGACACAUAUGAAAAGGAAAUAACUGCAUACCAAAACACUGAAGUUGCUCCCAAUAUAUCAACCGAGAGGAUUCCAGCUCUGGAACGCGCGAUAGAAGGCUACAAGGAGUUGGUGUCAAAGUAUGAAGCUGAUUUGGAAGCCCUAGAAGGAAGGAGCCAAAAGGAUGAAAUUAAAAAGUUGAAAGACGAGAUCGACAAACUUAAAGGCGAACUCGAGUACCGUGCACUGAAAGGCGAUUUCAAUAUAAACUCGAAAAUCUUACACUUCAAAAUGAAUCCAGCAGCCAUAGCCAUGCAACAAGCCGAGGAAAAACAAAAAGCCCUGCUGGAGGAAGUCGAGCGUCUUCGCAUAAUCGUGUCUUCCGGAUCCCACUCUGGCACAGCUCCUACUUCCUCCCUCCAAGCUCAAGAAAUCGCGGAACUUCAGCAAAAACACGACCUCAAAAUACAACGUCUGAAAGAGGCGUUCAAGGCUUCCUCGCACGAGUACCGGCAAGCCUGUUAUCAGUUGUUCGGAUGGCGAGUCGACAGGACGAAGGAAGGCCAAUACAAAUUGUCAAGCCAGUAUGCAGAAUCACCGGAUGAUUACUUGUUCUUUAUAGUCAACGAGGAUGGCGUCAACAUGAUUGAAACGCCAUUUUCCUCCACUUUAACCACGUUCAUUGAACGUCACUUGAAACUUCAGCACAGCGUACCGAUGUUCCUCAAUGCUGUGCAGUCGGAUCUGUUUGAUCAACAGACAGCGACUAACGUAAUUGCAACUUGCGCGUGAGAUGUAACUUUUUUUUUUUUUCUUUUCUAUGUCAUAGGAUAGUGAUAAUUUUGUACGAUAAAUGUAAACACAUGCUAAUUUAAGUAAUUGUAUUGCCGCGUAAUUUGAAAUUUACUGCCGGCAUUUAUUUUUUAUUUACUUUAUGUAAUAAAUUAUAUGAAAGAUUGUACAAAUAAAUAAGCUACA